AUGGAGCCACUGUCUCCAGGCAAAGGAAGAAGUCCUAAGCUAGGCGACCACACAGAUCAGAGGAGGCUUUCAACGUUUGGAUUGCCCAGUUUGAAGGCUUCAUUAGCACCAGCGGAAGUUACGGUGACUCAACAUUCUCAACAACAAAGUGAUAAUAAUUUAUCAUUACAAGAUAUACAUAAAGAUUCUCCUAAAUCACCAAGUUCAAUACGAGAUACAAUUCCAAGAGAUUAUUUCCAUUUAAAUCAAGAUACUAUGGAUCUUAAAUCAGUUUCAGAUACAGAUUUAGUGGAAAAUGAACAUUAUAAAUAUAAUCACCAAAGAGAAGGACAUUCCAAAAUAGCUGAAAUUUUACAAAAUAAUCAUACCCAUAAUGAUCAUUCUUCAUCAUUAUCUGUACAAGCUUCUCCAUUCUCAUCAACAGAAUCAUUACAAUCAUUACUUGAUCGCCAAACAAAAUCCAAAAUUAAUUAUCCAAAUCAUCAAAUUUAUCAUCAUCUAACAACAUCUUCACAUAAUAGACCAAAACUACCUUCAAGAACAAGAUCAAAUAAUUCAAUGUUUAGUAUAUUUGGUGGUGGAUCUAAAAGUACUACAAAUGAUUCAAAUAAUAGUAGUCGUAAUGGGAAUUCACCGCUAGUAAGGUCACCAUUAAGUGAAAAAAGAAAUCCAUUUAAUGGGUUAUUAUCAACAUCUGAAAGUUCAACAGAAACUAGAAAACUAGAGCCAAUAACUUCUAAUCCUCAUUAUAUUCAUUCAUCACCAGAAGUUAAAGAAAGUAAUCAUAUCUCACUUGAAUAUGAUCCUAUUUCUAAAAGAAAAGUUCUUAACUCAUAUGAAAUCAUUAAAGAAAUAGGGAAAGGUGAACAUGGUAAAGUUAAAUUAGCAAGAGAUAUUGUUAAAGAUGAAUUAGUUGCAAUCAAAAUUGUUGAUAGAAAAGGUCGUCAAAAAUUAGGUAAUCCUUCACAUUUAUCUGGUGAUAGUGCAGAAGAUAAAAUUAGAAAAGAAAUUGCUAUAAUGAAAAAAUGUCGUCAUCCAAAUGUUGUUCAAUUAAAAGAAGUUUUAGAUGAUCAGAAUUCUAAAAAAAUCUACUUGGUUUUAGAAUAUUUAGAGAAAGGUGAAAUCAAAUGGAAACAUGAUGAUGAUGAUGGUAAACCAAAUUUAAGUUUAGAUAUUUCAAUAAGUGCCCUUAGAGAUGUUGUUUUGGGUUUGGAAUAUUUACAUUAUCAGGGUAUUAUUCAUAGAGAUAUCAAACCAGCAAAUUUAUUAAUUUCUGCAGAUUGUUCAGUUAAAAUUUCAGAUUUUGGUGUUUCAUUUGCAUCUUCAUUAAAUGGUGAUGAUCAAGAUGAAUUAGAAUUAUGUAAAAGUGCUGGUACACCUGCAUUCUUCGCUCCAGAGUUAUGUAUAACAAAUUUUGAUGAUGAUAAUUUGGAAAGACCUAAAAUUACACAUAAAAUUGAUGUUUGGGCUCUUGGUGUUACUUUUUAUGCUCUUUUAUUUGGAAAAUUACCAUUUUGGGGUGGUAAUGAAUUUGAAUUGUUUGAUUCUAUUAAUAAAGAUGAAUUGAAGUUCCCUGAUACAUUUCCAGAUACUCAUGAUUGGACUACAGAAGAGAUUUUCCAUGUUAAGGAUUUAUUAUGCAAAAUGUUGAAUAAAGAUCCUACAAAGAGAAUUGGAUUAAAAGGUAUAAAGAGACAUCCAUUAACUUUAAGAGGACUAUCGGUGGAAGAAGCAAGAUUGUUUUCUGGUGAUCAAAAAUCUUGUGAAUGUAAGAUUCAUGUUUCAAAUGAAGAAGUUGAAGUUGCAGUUAUAGGUAUUGCAAGUAAAUUGAAGAAAGGUUUUGCUAAAGCACUGAAAUUUGCAGGUUUAAGAUCAAGUUCAAAAAGGAAUUCACAGUCUUUAGUGAAGACAAUAUCCAAUACAUCAGAUCAUAAACCAAAUACACUGGGAUCUCGCUCAUUAUCAUAUAAUUUAAAUGAUUCAUCAUCAUCAUCAUCAUUUUCAAAAUCAUCUAGUAUUGCAGAAGUGGAAAGACGUAAAAAAUCAUAUACCGCUUCACCAUUACAAAAUGAUGUUACUUUUGAGAAACAACCAAGAUCAUCUACAACAACUUCAAGUUCUCAAACUUCAUCAACAAGACAUCAUAAACGUGUUAAAUCUGGUGAAACUUCUGGAUUGGCAACAAGAGCCACAGUGGAGGGUGAUUUAUUUUUAAAUAAAUCUUCUGCUUUCAGUACUUUAAGUGGAAUCUUAGAUAAUGAUAAAAGACGUUCAAGUGUUGCUUCUACUGGAAGAAGAUCUUCAACUUCAGAUAAUAAUGGUCCUUUAGUGACAUCAAAUGGUUCAUCUUUGGAUAAUGGAUCACAAUUGGUUUCAUUACCUGUUAAUGCAAGUUUUGGCUCAUUAAAUAGUGAAGAUAUUGACGAUUAUGUUAAUGCUCAAAGAGUUACACUUUCUUCAGAAGACAUUAAUGAUGAACAACAAGAUGAAGAAAAUCCAAGAGAUUUCUUUACGAGAAUGAAUAGUUAUUCCCUGAAUAAAGCUACUGAAAAGAAAAAUGAUGAUUCAGUUGCACCAAAUGAAAAAUCUGAGCAUUCUGCUACAUUUAAUUUAUCAACUACCAGGGACCAAGAUUUUAUUGAUGAUUAUAAUGAUGGUGAAGCGGAUGAUGAAUUUGAUCACGUAUCGAAUAGAAUGAAUUCCACUGCAACUAAUGGUAGCUCUAAUGGAUUAACAAAUUCAAGAAGAAUGGAUUCAGUUGCAACAAAUGUUUCACAAUAUUCAGUUCCUUCAAUUUUAGCAAGUCAAUUAAAAGCUUCAGCUUCACAAACACAUGAUUAUUAUAAUGAUUUAUCAAAGCCUGAAAUUGUGAUUUCAAAUUCAUCAAAAUCACCAACACCUGUUAAAAGACCACCAUUAAUUCAAAGAGGUAGCACACCUCAUUAUAGUUUUUUUGGUAAUGAUAGUUCAUCAGAAUCUGAUUCUGAUUCUUCAGAAAUAAUUGCUACAAGGCGUUCAAUUAAUCCAACUUUCCCACCACCAAGAAAUGUUGAGAUUCCAUUAAAAGAAAAGAAAAUAAUUGUUCCUGACGAUAGUGAUGAAGAAAGUGCCAGUGGAAGUGAAACUGGUGAUAGUGACGAUGAGGAUGAUAAGGAAUUGACACUUGUACUAGGAUCAAGACGUUCAAGUCGUGUUAAUUCAAUUGCGGUUGGUGCAAUGCAAUCUGGUAAAAGACCAUCAUCAGAACCAGAACCAUCAUCUACAGCAAAUGCAUUACCUUCUAGAACUACAUCAAAUAGCAAUGACUUAUCAGAUGGUGAUUUAUUACAAUUAGCACUUAAAAGAACAGGCUCUGCAUCUGUUAGAGGUUCGGUAUCAACUAUUGAAAGAGCAUGUUCUCCAUUAGCUAAGAAUGCACCAAAGACUCCAAAUUCUAAUGCCAAUGCACAUCUACAUCAAAUAUCACCACCUUUAUCACCUACAUUAUCAGAUAAGAACCCUAAUGAAUUCAAAAAUCAUUAUAAUAAGCAACAUAUAAGAUCACCAAUUGCUAAAACACAUUUUUUUGGUGGUAUUCCUUCUUUAGAUGAAGCUUUAGAUGAUAGGAAAAGAAGUAAUUCAGUUACUAUCAGUUUGCUAAAUCAAAAUAAAUGA